AUGUUUUUAUGUUUUGAUAAAUUGUCCCACUUACCCCCUAUUCCAUCGAAUGAAGUCUUCAAAGAUGCACUCUCAAAAGUUCUUGGUCAUUACCCACACUUGGCUGGAAGAUUAGCAACUGAUAAUCUACGCCGAACAUGCAUCGUUUUAAAUAACGCCGGAGUUCGCAUAAUUGAAACUUACUUCCCUACUGUGCUGGCUGAGCAACUCCCAUUCGAUACAUCAGAAGCUAGCAGUCAGCUUCUUCCACCUGCUAAAGGAGUUGAAGAGCUGUGUCAGAUUCAACUCAAUCGUUACGCGUGUGGAGGCCUAGUUUUGGGCUUUACUGUUCAUCAUCGUGUUGCUGAUGGCCAAUCCAUCUUUGGCUCUUUCUUCGUUUCAUGGUCUAGAUUGGUACGUGGUUUUGACAUAGAUCUACUUCCUUAUCAUGAUCGAUUUGCUGUUUCCCAACCAAGAAACCCACCUAGAGUUCAAUUUGAUCAUGGUUCAAUUGAGUUCAAAAAGACUACUAUUAAUCUUGACACCACCCCGGUGAUCUCUUCUUCACUUGAAACUGUGAUUAUUAAUUACUCUGUUGAGUUCAUAAACAAGCUUAAAUUUAUGGUCAAUAAUAACCCCAAUCAAAGAUACAGUACUUUUGUGUGUUUACUUUCGCAUGUACGGAAGAAGGUAACUCAGGUUAGAGGACUCGGCCUAGAAGAGUCGAGUCAGGUGAGGAUGGCAGUGGAUGGAAGAACACGAAUAUCUGAACCAGCAGUACCCAUGGAGUAUUUCGGUAACCUGGUACUUUGGGCUUAUCCAAAAUUAAAGGUGAAGGAACUAUUAAAUGAGACUCAUGCAUAUAUCGCCAAAGUAAUCUCUGAUGAAGUUACUCAUGCCAACCAUAGGUACUUUAAAUCAUUUAUUGAUUUUGGAGCAACGGUAUAUGAAGAUGACGAGCUGCAGGAGACGACAUCUGAACCAGGAAGCACUCUGUGUCCAAAUCUGCAAGUGACUAGUUGGUUGGGAUUUCCAGUUCAUGAUAUUGAUUUUGGUAGUGGAAGUCCUUGUGCACUAGUUCCGCCCGUUACUCCAUUUGAAGGAAUGGUGAUUUUUGUACCUGCAGAUGGAAGUGUGGAUGUAAAACUUACUCUUUUUGCCAAAUAUGUUCCUCUCUUUAAGAAGACCGCUCACUCUAUCAAUGGUGAACUGCCAUGUAAUACCAUAUUCAAUAAAGUGGUUAAGAACUUAAGAUUGUCUUCUCCAUUUCCCGCAACUAUAUCAAUUGCAUAG